UCCGCGGAUCCCUUCGCGCAGGCCCCCUGAUGGCGCCUGAUGAUGGGACGGAAUGGCUCCUUCAGCUGCUGAGUGAAAUCCAGCUGGAACAGUUUUACACCAGGAUCCGAGAGGAGCUCCACGUCACCCGCCCGGGCCAUUUCGACUACGUCAAGCCCCUUGACCUAGACCGCAUUGGCAUGGGGCGCCCAGGGCAGCGGCGGCUGGAAGAGGCCUUGAAGCGCAGGAGGGGCCAAAGCCAGCGACCCAAGUCCUGGGUCUACAAGAUGUUGACGGGAGGGCGAAGUCCAGAAAAUGAAGAAACCCUGAGCCCCCAGCCCUCGGCUCCCCCCCGGCUGGAUACCGACACCUCCCUCAAAUGCUUGAUCAGCGAGUGGGACCUCCACCUCUACGAGCGGCUGGGGGAUGGCUGCUUCGGGAUUGUCCAACGUGCCGAGUGGCAUGCUCCUGGGGGGGCCUUGGUCCCCGUGGCCGUGAAGACGCUGCGGUCAGACGUCUCCUCCGAUCCAGGGGUGCUGAUUGACUUCCUCAAUGAGGUCAACGGCAUGUGCUGCCUGGAUCAUCCCCACCUCCUCCGCCUCCACGGCGUGGUGCUCACCCAGCCCCUCAAGAUGGUAACGGAGUUGGCUGCCCUGGGCUCUCUGUACGACCGCCUCCAGCCCCCGUUUCCCCUGCACCAGCUCUGGAGCUACGCCGUCCAGGUGGCAGGGGCCAUGGCCUAUCUGGAGUCCAAGCUCUUCGUCCACCGGGACCUGGCCGCCCGCAACAUUCUCCUGGUCUCCGAGGAGCACGCCAAGAUCGGAGAUUUUGGCCUCCUGCGGCCACUGUCCAGCAAGAGUGACCGCUACGUCAUGUCGGCCCACCGGCGCAUCCCCUUCGCCUGGUGUGCCCCGGAGAGUUUGCGCCUGGGCAUCUUCACCAGCGCCUCCGAUGUCUGGAUGUUCGGAGUCACCCUCUGGGAGAUGUUUUCCUACUGCGAAGAGCCCUGGAUGGGUUUGACGGGGAGGCAGAUCAUGAUCAAAAUAGACAGAGAAGGCAGACGGCUCGAAAGGACCGAUGAUUGUCCGAGGGGCAUCUACUCCCUGGCCCUGAAAUGCUGGGCCCACAACCCCGAAGAGAGGCCAAAAUUCCGGGACAUUGUCCACCUGUUGCAGGAGCUGCGUCCCAAAGAAGUGAAGGCCUCCCGCGGCUUGGGUGAGCCCAGCUGGCUGCGGCUGGAAGCGAACGACGUGGUCACGGUGAUUGAAGGCGGCCCCGAAUUGUCCACCUGGCGAGGGCAGAAUAAGCGGACCCUGAAAGUUGGCAUCUUCCCGUCUUCCGUCCUGACGGCCGAGGAAGGAGUGCCCCCCGUUGGGGCCCCGCGGAUCGGCCUCCCCAUCCGAAGCUCCUUGCUCCACCUGAGUCAUGGGGACACCCACCCGGAUCGAGCAUGGGGGGCUCCAGACCAGAAGGAGGAGAAAAAGCCAAAAUUGCACGGGGGGAAUCUCAGCCCCCAGAACCCAAGCAAGGGCAAGCAGCUGCUGCAGCUGGCACGCCUCUCCAAAAGCUUGGAGUCCAUUUCCGAGCUGACUGUCUUGCGCCACAAGCCGAGGUUCCUGCCCUGCAGGAUGGACCCGCCCGGUGGGGGCCCCCAGCGGCGUUUCAGUGACAUUCCGGCGCCCCUCCCGUUGGCCCCACCGCCCGAGAGCCGCGGCCCCAAGCCUGCGUCCCGCUUCCCGAACCCGGUCCUGCCUUCCUGGGCUCUGCCCAAGGCAGGUGCCCCCGCCCCCAAGGAGAAGGACCCACGGAUGCCCAGGCCGGUCCCUAAAGGAGCCGUGGGGCUGCCACCCUCUGGCGGACAAAGGCUGACCAUGAGUGAGAUCGAGAAGAUCAAGGAGGUAGAAGAACGGGUUCACGGGGUGACAACCGAGGAAUGCCAGGAGGCCCUGAAGACACACAACUGGGAUGUCUCCAAGACGGUCCAGAUGCUGAAGGUUGGCCAGCUGUUCCACCUCAGCUCCCUCUCCUGGGAGGAAUGUCGGCGGAUCCUGGAGAGGCACCGCUGGAACCUCGCCAUGGCCUCGCGCUAUGUCCUCAGCCGGGGGCUUCGGACCUGAGCAGCCCCCUGGGGCGGCCCUUAAGGCCAUGGAGGCCCAGGGACCGCGUCUCGCCUUCUCUGGCACCCGUGAGCAAGGGCCGGUCGGUGGGGAAGCGCCGCUUGCCUUCAGGGGGGCCUCCCCAGGGACUCAUUGCUCAUUCUCCUGCCACUAACAACUUUGGCCACGUGUGUGAACAGCCCCCAAACCAACCAGCCAGAUAUUCCCAGAGGGGUCUCGGUUCUGCUCGUUUGGGCAGAAGAGCUACUGCAGCCGAUGGUUAGGUCGACCAGCCUGGGUCUGCAGACCCUGUCCUAGCCUUGCGGCACAAGGUUCUAGUCCUCUUCAAGGAGGUAUCCUUCAGCUGGGCUGUGCCACUGCUUCCAUGGCCUGAUAGCAAAUGAGAGAACGCCCAACGUUCAUUUUAUAGCCUGCGUUCUUCCCGUGAUCUGCAGAUUUUCUUAUUUAUAAGCCUGGCUAGCUUGCAGUCGCAGAUUGUUCCCUGCAUGGAAGCUUGCUAUAUUUGGGGGUGGGGGAGAGAGCGAGCAUUGGGGGCCAAACUGGAAGGGUCCAUCCAGCCCUCUCCCCAAAGGCCCAUGCAUCCGGCCCCAGCACGUCCCUGGGGGGACAGCAGGCAAGAGCAGGGGCUGUUCGACGGGAAGAAGCCUUUUCUGCUCCUUCUGUUUAUGUAAACGUGGGUCACGUUUGAAGAUGGCAAAUAACGGGGAGCAUUUGUGAGUGCACCUCAAGGGGGUCUUUGGAGGGGGGGAGGGGACACGCUCCCUGCUGGUGCUCUCUGCACUGGCUUCAAUCCAGGCACCACUUCAGACCGAGCAAGGAAGCGCACACCGGUGUUCCAAAGAGGCGGCUGUGCAGAAAUGGGCAUAAUCUCCUCCUGGUUCAUUUGCAGAGGGAGGAUCCCACGUACAGGUAGCCCUUGCUUAACGACCACAAUUGGGACUGGAAUUUAGGUUGCUAAGUGAAGCAGUCAUUAAGCGAAUCCGACCC